AGUUUUACGUUUUCAACCGAACGGAUGAAGUAAACAGUGACAUCACAAUGCCCUUCGAACACACAGCUGCGACCGGAAUACCCGUUGCAAGUGGCUCGGUAGGUGGACCGAUUCUAUCUAAUUUCGUGUACAUCUACGAUAUUCCACGAAUGACUCGCAAAAGGCUGGCUGCUCUGCUGGAACCCAACAACAAGUGGUAUGACCUUGGAACCAAACAGAUGAGCUUCACUACCGAAGUGUUGGACAGCGUACAGCGAUGCUGCUCGCGCAACAAUCGUUCACCGGCCGAAGAUUUGCUGGAAAAGUGGGGCAACUACAACCACACCAUAACGGAGUUGUUUGUGGUGCUCUCGCGCGAAAAGCUGUACGACUGCAUGGAACUGAUCAAACGGUACGUUGACCCGCGGUACCAUGUGCUCAUAAAGCAGUCUAGUGGCGGUGCCCGUAGUCCAAUAGGACUGUUGGGAACCUUCAGCGGAGCGGAUGCAAACAAUAAUGCUAAACUGAUGAACCGAGGCGGUCAGCCAGCAAUGAACGGACAGGCUUUGGUGGCGGAAGGUGCAGCUGCUCAGGACGUGUUACCCGCGAAUGGUAACGGGGCGACGACGUCGAAAGAGAAUUCACCCUUCGCCAACGAGUUGACCGAUUUGACCAGUUUGAUUCCGAAGAUCAGUUACGAAGAUCUGACGAUCGCCACGGAUAACUGGAGCGAGCGCAACAUAUUGGGCAAGGGUGGUUUCGGCACGGUGUAUCGAGGGGUGUUUAAACACACGUUCAUGGCGAUCAAGAAGAUUGACUACAACAAAGUAAAGACGAGCGAAGCGGAACGCAUUCAGCUACAGCAGAGUUUCAACGAGUUGCGAUAUCUGAACUCCUGCCGGCACGAUAAUAUUGUGGCUCUCUAUGGAUACAAUAUCGACAAAGAACCAUGCCUGGUCUACCAGUUCAUGCCCGGAGGUUCGCUGGACAAGUGUCUUUUCGCACGCCGCCCUCCUUCUCCGCUGACAUGGAAAGAACGGAUGAAUAUUGCACGCGGAACGGCCAAAGGUCUCCAGUAUCUGCACACUUUCGGCGAUAAACCGUUCAUUCAUGGUGACAUCAAACCGGGAAACAUUCUGCUGAACGAGUACAAACAGCCACGGAUAGGUGAUUUCGGACUCACACGCCAAGGAGCUGAGCAGAACUCGGCCAUGGUAGUAUCGCGGGUUUACGGUACGCGACCCUACAUUCCCAAAGAGUUCUACGACCGGAAGGAGCUGAGCACCAAGGUCGACACGUACAGCUUCGGGGUGGUGAUGUACGAAAUGGGGACGGGCCUGAGGGCCUGGGACGAACGGCGCACGGACAAGCAUCUGAAGGACUACAUAGCACGGGCAGUACACGACAAUAUGCUCGUGUCGGAGCUGAUGGACAAAGCGGUCUCAAACGAUCCGGACGGUGAUCGGUGCUGUUACAAUCUGCUCAUGGUUGGCCAUCUCUGCACGGCAGACGAUCCCAACAAGCGGCCCGACAUGGUAACGGUCAUGUGGCAGCUGGACAAAUUGUAACAUUCCGGGACAACGGACAACCUAAUCAGUUACUGGUUUUGUGAUGGACGUUUCACGAUGUGCCUUUUAAAUGAAUACUCUAGAAGAUAUUUACGAGAAUUGAGAACUACACAUUGCGUCUAUUUGAUGUAGUUAAUUUUAAUGUGCAAUAAUAAAAA